CCAGCCACGGGGCCACGCCCAUCUCCUCCUCCCGUUCGUCCCCAUCCAAAACCUGCCCAGGAGGGGGGGAAAAAAAAAGAACACUCGCUACUGCUGUUGACACACGGCGGAGAAAGAGCGCGGGGGAGAGAUGUCUCUGCAGUGCGUGGCGCACGCGGUCCGAGCGCUCGCCGUGCUUCCGGCGCCAGCCUCCCCUCGCCGCCGGACAAGCCAUGUGUCCCUAUCCCUUCCGUCCCGGCGGCCAGGGCUCGCCGUUGCGCCGGUCCGCGCGGCGGAGUCGUCCUCUCCGCCCGCCGUGCCCGCCUCAGCGGCCGGCAAGGCCGUCGUCCCGGACGACGAGUUCUCCCUCGCCAAGGUGUCCUUCGGUGUGAUUGGGCUCGGGGUUGGGCUCUCGCUCCUGUCGUACGGAUUCGGGUCGUAUUUCAACCUGCUUCCUGGUUCGGAGUGGUCAGCUUUGCUACUCACCUACGGAUUUCCUCUCACAAUCAUCGGCAUGGCCUUGAAGUAUGCAGAGCUGAAACCGGUACCCUGCAUAACCUAUGCUGAUGCCUUUGCUCUAAGAGAAAAGUGUGCUACCCCUAUUCUGAAGCAGGUCAGGAGUGAUGUUACACGUUUUAGAUAUGGUGAUGAGCAACACCUGGAUGAAGCACUACAGAGAAUCUUUCAAUAUGGUUUGGGUGGUGGCAUCCCUAGACGUAGUGCACCUAUAUUACAAAAGAUUCGAGAAGAAGUAAGUUCACUGUCUGUUUUAUUCUUUAGUCUAGGGAAAUCAAUUACAUGGUCCAAGAAGACUUCUGGCAAUCCACAGAAGGAGUUCUUCCAAGAGAUGAAAGAAGGCCGACCCCUAUCAAAGAUGAAGUUAUUUCUCUGCUUCCAAAUUUGCCAUGCCGCAAUGGUGAAGAACUCCACGAAAAAGGAUUCUGAGAUUGAGUUUUGGCCUGCUGCAUCAUCUCGAAAAAUUCUCUUGUGAAAUCCCAAUUAAUUCCAAGGUGCUGCCAACAAGUUUGGCUAAAGGGACAGCUGAAGAAAAGAUGGAAAGCAGUUUCUUCAAUGUUGUUGCUGCAGAGGACGCAGUUAUAGUUAUUUCCUUCAAGCUUUUGCUUUUUUCUUUUCAAACUAUUUCUUGUAUUCAAUCUGUCCAUGAAGAGCAGCCAUCAAAAGACUGAGCUUGUUGCAACAUUUGGAAUUCCAAAUCCAGAGGAAAGGAUAUUGAUAAAGACUUUAUUUCAAAGUCAAAAGAGUGAUUGAGCACCUGAUGAGUGCUACUCAAGCUAGAGACCCUUUCGUAGUCAUUGUGGAUUUGACAGAUAUUACUGAAUAAAUUUAUGCUGUUAUUUCAAGCAAAAUUAAUAAUAAAAUUAAGUUAUGAUGGA